UUUUGGGAGCGCGUGGUAUUCUGGGAGUGCAAGGCCCGCCAUUCGCCCCGCUCACGCCUUCUCUCUCGCAGUUGUCGCAGCUCCGAAGAGGAGGAAGAAGGGGCACGAGCCGCACUCUCCUCCUGCCGAGAUGUCCAUCGGUGUGCCGAUCAAGGUCCUGCACGAGGCCGAGGGCCACAUCGUGACCUGCGAGACCAACACCGGCGAGGUGUAUCGGGGCAAGCUCAUCGAGGCGGAGGACAACAUGAACUGCCAGAUGUCCAACAUCACGGUCACGUACAGAGACGGCCGAGUGGCACAGCUGGAGCAGGUGUACAUCCGGGGCAGUAAGAUCCGCUUUCUGAUUUUGCCUGACAUGCUGAAAAACGCACCGAUGUUAAAGAGCAUGAAAAACAAGAACCAAGGCUCGGGCGCCGGCCGGGGCAAAGCUGCUAUCCUGAAGGCCCAGGUGGCUGCAAGAGGACGAGGACGUGGAAUGGGACGUGGAAACAUCUUCCAGAAGCGACGAUAACUCCCCGUCGAACAGAAUUUUGCCCUUCUUUUUUCUUUUAGGUCAUCUGGGUUCAGGGUGGGUGCUCGUGUGUGUGUCAUAGGUUUCCUGUUGGCAUCUUUCUCUUUAGAUCAGGGGAAGUGUUAAACUAAAUAAAUCUGGUUGUUUGGUUUUUUGAGAAAAGGA